AUGGCUAAGAACACAAAGCUUUUGGUUCUUGGCUUCAUGCUUCUCCUAGCCAUAAGUCUGUCCUUGGCGGCGAGGACCUUGAAUGAGGAAAAUGGUGGAGGGUAUGGUGGUGGAGAAGGACAUGGUGGUGGAGGAUAUGGAGGUGGGGGUGGACAUGGUGGUGGAGGAGAAUAUGGGAAAGGAGGUGGGGAAGAUGGUGGAGGAGGACAUGGUGGUGGAGGUAUAGAUGGGCAUGGUGGAUAUGGUGGUGGAGGAUAUGGGCAUGGUGGAUAUGGUGGUGGAGGAUAUGGACAUGGUGGAUAUGGUGGUGGAGGAUAUGAACAUGGACAUGGUGGAUAUGGUGGUGGAGGAUAUGAACAUGGUGGAUAUGGUGGUGGAGGAUAUGGACAUGGUGGCGGAGGAGGACAUGGAGGUGGAGGUGGAGAUUGA